AUUACUUUAAAAUUGACCUCACUAAUGGUAAGACCAAUGAAUUCAAACCCAGUGGAGCGUACAACCGAUAGAAAGUGAUACAAAUUCGUUUCUUUCUUUAUAAACGCCGCAUUGACACUAUAGGCGGCAUUAUUCCAAGUGAUAUGGAUUGCUACACUUUGCUUCUUCUAGCAAGUGUGGUGGUGACCAGCUCAGCUUGGUCUGCGCCGUUCUACACAGUGCAUAGGCCGCUGCGGGUCACCAGAUACGCACCUUUACCACCGCUACAUAGAAUACCUAUUCCAGUACGCUACGAAAGAUGGCAGCGACCAAAACGUGGUCAGGAUGAAUAUGACCACGACCGCGACCGUGACCACGACCACGAUGACCACGACCACAAAAACGGCGGUGUCACGGGCCCCGUCCACACGUUUGUGAAGACGGACAAAAAUGCAAAUUAUAAAUGGGGUGUUAGACACCAUGUUGGAAAUAAAUAUAAAUCGUAGCGGAGUUUCAAAGAGUAUUGUUUUGUUAUAUAUUUCAUUUGUAUUUGCGAAUUUGUUGGGUUGCUUAUUGUGAUAUAGUUUUAAAAUAUAGAUAGUAGAGAUGUGAUUGUUAAGAAAUGGUUCAAAUAAUUCAAAUCAUUUCUGUGAUCUGUGAUUCAAAUAAUAAGCCUUUAAGUAUUGUAUGACAGAUAACAGUGAGGA